UAGGUUUUCUUCUUUAAAUUUGUAUUUGUCGGAUUGCAACAAACUGAAARGUGUAUACUGGAGUGUUAAUCUAUUUAUUUGAGCUAGCCCUGUGUUUCCGCCUACUAUUCUGGAGUUUAUCAUAGUUUAGCUGCAAUCGCACAUUUAUCGUUAAUGUAGUACCUGUGCAGUACUGAAGUAAAUUGUUGUGGAGAAAGACGUAAACAACGGACAGGAAGUGGCAAUCUAACACUUCCGGUACUUCCAGGCGGGCAAUUGAAACAUGUAGGACUUCAGCUAGGGAGUUCAAACAAAAUGAACUACUACAGUAGCUAUCUAGCUAGCAAGUUAUCCACUCGCAAUAUUGCAUUACAUCGGUUUUGCAUUAGUUAUUAGGGGCCUAGUUAGCGUUAACAAUUAUAUGUAUUUGUUAACUAUACAAUUGUCUUUGUUCUCAUUUCGUAAGCUAGCUUGUUAGCUACUGAUUUUAUAUUGGUAAAUCAAGCUUGACAGGCGGCAAGGAUGAGCAACGAGACACCACAACCCGUUUUGCCUGAUUCUACCAGCCAKCYACGWAGGAGGUCAAUGCGGUUGAGCUCUCCAAWUGAAAAUGUCCCCAACUCUGCUCCUACAGAUGCCGUAAAACGCCGCAUCACUGUGAGGAAGAUUGCRCCCAGGAAAACACAAGUCAAUGUCCCCUCCGAGGAACACACAGAAAAUGAACAAAGAUUGCUUGAAGGCAGUCGGAAGAAGUCACAAAUCUAUACCCCCGGACCUGCCCAGGUCCCUCCGCCAAAAGCCACCACGCUCUCCCCGAUCUUGGCCCCCUCACCACCCUGUCCACAGGCUGCAGCAAACCCAGAAGACUCAGCAUGGUCACAAAAGGUGCGGAGGUCCUAUACCCGCCUAAGCCUAGGGGACCCUUCGUUUGAAAGUCACCAGGCCGUGUACUCCCCAUCUCCUCAACGCCGGGAGACCCUGUUUGGAUUUGAGAAGCUUCAGACACCUCAGGUUCUCCGCAAGGUGGAGCAGUUCAGGGUGGGCCCUGAAGCCUCCAGGUCUCUCUGUGGAGUCAGCUCCUUCACCCUGCUGGAAGGGGACAACAGUGCUGCCGCUGCUCCCGACCCAGAGCCAGAUGUCAACAUCCCUGGUGUCGCUGUGGUAAAGGAGAAGAAGAGGAGGAAGAAGGUUCCUCAAAUAAAACUGGCAGAGCUGGAUGACCUUGCGGCAAAGAUGAAUGCAGAGUUUGAAGAGGCAGAAGGAUUUGAGUUGUUGGUGGAAUAAACUCAUGGGUCAUGGACAAAGACUUUGACAUGUGACUAGAAAGACUUGUUGCCAAUACUGGAGAAMGUUAAUGUUUUUAAUUUCAUUAUUGAUUUACAAAGACAAUGAAGAGUUAAGGUUUUAUUUGCAUGAAAAGGCCGCCUAUGGGAAACCAACAGGAUUAAUUUACAAGACAAAUGUUGAUUUUUAUUUUAUUUUUUUCCAGUUGGAAAUGUCAGAUUGGUAUCAUCAACAGUGUAUCUCAAGAAAUAAUUCUAGCUUCAAGGAUGUUCCUGUCACUUUGAAAUGUUGAUAGUUAUUUGUUUUUUGAAAUUACAACUUCAUUAUGUCACUGGGACAUACAUUUGUGUUGAUGAGCACCCUUUAUAUUUMAAAUUAUUUGCUAAAUCAAUGUUGGAUUACAGGUGUGUUUUAACCUAUCACAUUUUGUUCCCUAGAGGUUGCGCUCACCCUCUCAUUGUGGCUUCUUUGUGGCUUCUUCCAUCACUGUUAUUUUCUUUUGUGUUAGUGUAAAUGUAAUUAGUUUCUUUAUUCCACUCAUAGAUGAUAGUUUAGAUGUUAGUGAUUAAGACUUUUAUUAUCUGAUCACUACUCCAUAUCAAUUGGAAACGCGUUCUUAUUGGCUGACCAUGUCCGUUACUGACUCAAGUCUAUCAUAUGGUUGAAGAUGUCUCUUUGCUUUGUUUCGUUUUUUUUGUAAGAAGUAAUGUUGCUUUUUAGAAUUGUUCUGCUAUCAUGAAUAUAAUAAAUAGUUUGUUAUUCUGUGUAA